GUUGUAAAAUAUAUAUUCCUCUGAUGACGUCACACACUGACCUUCUGAUAACAACAUCCGGUGACGUCACCUCCGCCCGUUACAUGUCCAACAUGGCGCUGCUUCUAAGGACGUUGGCCCGUCAGGGUGUCUGCAUCUCCAGACCGCACUGCAGUGUCCUCUACAGACAUGCUGCUCCGAUGGGAACCACAGCCAAGGAGGAGAUGAACAAGUUUUGGUCCAAAAAUGAAAAAUUAAACCGACCAAUGUCUCCUCAUAUCACCAUUUACAAAUGGUCCGUCCCCAUGAUGAUGUCCAUCACACACAGAGGAACCGGAGUGGGGCUCAGCGGAGCUAUCUCGGCCUUUGCCCUGGCAGCGCUGGUAUUACCGGGAAAUUACCCCUACUACCUGGACAUGAUCCACUCGCUGUCCGUGGGCCCCUAUCUCAUCGGGUUGGCCAAGUUCGGCAUCGCCUUCCCCGUAUCUUUCCACACCUUAAACGGCAUCCGUCACUUGUGGUGGGACCUCGGAAAAGGCUUCAGAAUCCCAGAGGUCUACCGCACAGGCUACACGGUUAUCGGUCUUUCCAUCAUCGCCUCCAUAGCCUUGGCCUCUCUCUGAGCACCGGACGAGAAGAGAUGAGCUGAAGCAAAGGCAGAGGAGGGAGCUGAAGGGAGUGUGGACGAGAUGCACUUUGGGAGUUUUGUGUAAAUGUUCUGUGCUGGCCUGUUGCAGGCCCCAUUUGAUCAAAGUAUGAAAUAAAGGAUUAUAUUGUGCUGUAUGCAGAAA